CAUUCAAUUCAGAUAAUUAGAAAACAUGGGAAGAGCUCCAUGCUGUGACAAAGCCAACGUGAAGAAAGGGCCAUGGUCGCCUGAAGAAGAUGCCAAGCUCAAGUCUUAUAUCCAACUACACGGCACCGGCGGCAACUGGAUCACUCUCCCCCAGAAAAUAGGGCUGAAGAGAUGUGGGAAAAGUUGCCGGCUCCGGUGGCUCAAUUAUCUCCGCCCCAACAUCAAGCAUGGUGAGUUUACUGAGGAAGAAGACAACAUCAUCUGCAGCCUCUACAUAACCAUUGGAAGCAGGUGGUCCAUCAUAGCGGCGCAGCUGCCGGGAAGAACAGACAAUGAUAUCAAGAACUACUGGAACACAAAGCUGAAGAAGAAGCUACUAGGCACCAAGCUGCAACCACCCCAGCAUCAUAGGCAUGCAGAUUUGUAUUCUUUGCCGCAACAAACACUGCCCUUUCCCACACAUUAUUACUCAGACAUUCAUAACCAACAGCCAUCUCUAAGCUGCAGUAGCAGCAAGUUUCACUGCCCUGACGAUAAUGAUCUUCAACCACACCAAAACCCCAUUAAUGCUGCUACAAACACCGCCUUUUCAUCUGCAUCUUCCAUUUUCUCCAGCAAUUCCCAGCUGGGAUUUAACAGCUUUCCCGUUGAGCUAGCAGACGACCUAUUCUAUGGCGGAUAUGAUCAGACUCAAGAAAGCUAUAGCUAUUCAAUGGAGCUCCACAAUCUCCACCAAGAAAUGGCCCCGCCCAACAUUCUUGAAGGCCCAACCUACCUUAUUUAAUAUAAUUAAUAAUCUUUCUGUUUUUGUCAAUAAUUAAUGUUAAACUACUACUCCGUAGUUCUUAAUUAGCUAGCUAGGUUUCACUGAAUCUGGAAAAUAAUGUCGCUGUUUUGCACUAUAACUUUCAUCAUCAAAUCAUUCAUGCAUAUGUAAGUUCCUGAGAUGU